GAGUUGCAGUGAGUUGAAGCAAGAAAGAAAGAAAGAAAGGAAGCACAGAUCAGUUGAGUGGAGUUGUUGAUGGCGAAAGGGAUGGAAAGAGGGAGUGGAAAAUGGGGAUACAUAUGGCCGAUGUGGACGACGCUGUUUCUUCACAUCCUCGCGAUUCUUCUUUUCACAACCGGUUUUCUCCUCACUCGAACCGAACUUCCUUAUGAAAGCCAUUGUUCGGACGUUUCUGAUUCCCCUUGCUUCUCUCCUUCUUCUUCUCACAAUCAAUCUUGUUGGACCAAACCUUCCGUUAACCGUCUCGUUCUCAUCGUUCUCGAUGCUCUCAGGUUUGAUUUCGUUGCUCCCAGUACCUUCUUUCCAGAAUCGAAGCCCUGGAUGGAUAGAUUACGAGUACUGAAAAAUGUUGCAUCUGCGCGACCAUCUUCCGCCAGGAUUUUCAAAGCCGUUGCUGAUCCACCUACCACUAGUUUGCAGCGCUUGAAGGGCUUGACAACUGGUGGGCUUCCAACUUUCGUGGAUGUUGGUAAUAGCUUUGGUGCACCUGCAAUUGUUGAAGAUAACUUUAUAAAUCAGCUAGUUCAAAAUGGGAAGAAAGUUGUUAUGAUGGGGGAUGAUACGUGGACACAGUUGUUUCCUCAUCAUUUUGAAAGAUCAUACCCGUACCCUUCUUUUAAUGUCAAAGACCUUCAUACGGUUGACAAUGGAUGCAUUGACAACCUAUUUCCAUCCCUAUAUGAAGAAGAUUGGGACGUUCUCAUUGCACAUUUUCUUGGGGUGGAUCAUGCUGGACAUAUAUUUGGUGUUGACUCCACUCCGAUGAUAGAAAAGUUGGAGCAAUACAACAACAUUUUAGAGAGAGUCAUUGAAGUGCUGGAAAAUCAGUCUGGACCUGGGAGCUUACAUGAAAAUACUUUGCUUGUGGUAAUGGGUGACCAUGGACAAACCCUAAAUGGUGACCAUGGUGGUGGGAGUGCUGAAGAGGUGGAAACUGCCAUUUUUGCAAUGAGUUUUAACAAGCCUCUCUCUUCCAUUCCGCCUGAAUUUGAUACUUAUUCUUGUCAACUAGAUCUGGAUGGGACGAAUGUUUGCAUCAGCUCUGUGCAACAGCUUGAUUUUGCAGUAACAAUGUCAGCAUUGCUUGGGAUACCUUUCCCUUAUGGAAGCAUUGGUCACAUUGAUCCUGAACUAUACGCUUUAGGAGCAGGUAGUUGGAAUUUGAAUCCCUCUCAAAAGCCAUCAGAAUCAGAUAUCUGGUUGCAGAAUUACGCUAAUGCACUGUGCAUAAAUUCUUGGCAGGUGAAGAGAUAUGUAGAUGCUUAUUCAGCUUCAUCGGCUGUUGGAUUUUCUCAUGAUGACUUAUCCCGAAUAGCAACUGUUUAUGCUCAAGCAGAGUCUCAUUGGUCUGACUCCAAAAAGCUUCUGCUUGAUAGGCAAAGUGACAGUGAUACAUUAGUGCCUGCACUUAAGAGGCAAAUUGAUGCAUACUUCAAUUUUCUAACAACAGUUGCUGAGUUAGCUCGGUCUAAAUGGACUGAGUUUGAUUUAAACAUGAUGGGAACAGGCAUUGUAAUCAUGUUUAUAUCACUUAUAUUUCAAUAUUAUACCAUUUUAAGGGCAAAUAAGCAGCAUGGUGUAAUUUCAGCAUCUCGUGAAGAUUCUUGGAUGAUCACUGCCUCUACUUUUACAUUCUUUUUACUGGGUAUAAGGGCAUGCAGUUUCCUUUCAAACAGUUAUAUCUUGGAGGAAGGGAAAGUAGCAAAUUUUCUUUUGAGCACAUCUGGGAUUUUGGCAUUACGGCAAUCAAUCAUCAAGGAAAAGCUGCUACUCGAAAAUCUUGGAUUCCUUCUUUUGGGCACCUUUUGCCGAUUUGCCAUUGAAGUUGGGCUAUCCAAGCAGGCUGCCACAUCUGCUUUCAUGAAAGACUACAGUUCAUGGAUCAUCAACAUAGCCUCAGGUAUACCUGUAUGGGAAUAUGCAGCUGAAGUUGUACCAGUGCUAGUUCUGCUUCUUUUGGCAUUAUGGCUUUACAAGGUCACCAGUGGCAGCUUCUUUGAUUGGCCAUGGAAGUAUGUCAUAGUGGGCACUAUCUUUAGUUAUAUGCUAAUAAUUGUGUAUUGGAUCACUGACAGUGAUGGAUUUGGUGUAGCAUUGAUGCCGGAAACCAUUAAAAGAAAUUAUAUCCCUAGAAUCAUUUAUGCUAUUGCUUUGGGACAGUUGUUAUUACUGGCAUUUGGUCAACUAUUGAAGAACAACAGUUCAGAUUGCAAGACAAAUUUAGUCACUAAAACAAUAGCCAUGUUAUCUGCGUGGAGUUCAACUAUCAUUCUUCUUUCAGGAAAACAGGGUCCCAUGAUAGCUUUUGCAUCCAUAAUUGGAGGCUAUUGUAUUGUGAAGUUGGAUAAUGUAGGAAGUAGUAAGGAUGCUGCUCACAGAAGUUUUUCUAUUAUGCAAUGGAGCCUCUUUGCCACAUGUCUCUUUUUCUGCAGUGGUCACUGGUGCGCUUUUGAUGGUCUCCGCUAUGGUGCUGCGUUUAUUGGGUUUGAAGAAUUUCUACUUAUUCGCCAAGCAAUCCUCCUUGCAAUUGAUACCUUUGGUUUUUCUAUCAUCCUUCCAGUAUUUGGACUCCCCUUUCUUGUGGUAACCAAGUGCCAGGCUAAUCUUGGAAAGAAUUUUCUUUUCACACAAUUAUCUCAAAUGUAUACAACAUAUGGGAUCAUAACUGCAAUUAUGACCACUUUCACCAUAUUAUGUGUCACAAUUCAAAGGCGUCACCUGAUGGUUUGGGGAUUAUUUGCUCCAAAGUUUGUUUUCGAUGUGUUCAAUCUUAUUCUUACAGAUGUCUUGAUUUGUUUGGCCUCAAUUUACUAUUUUGAUCAAGGGAAGGAUGAUCCACAACCGAAAUCAUGAGGUUGCUGAAGAACAUAUAUAUACUACGAUCAAUUUACAGCAAGUUUUUAGCAUUGGAUUUAGUUUCCAUAGCGCUAUACCAUUGAUUUACUUUAAAUUUUAGAAUGACUCGUGAUUUGAGUUUUUCUGUUUAACAUAGUGAAACUGUAAAAGCGGAUGGGGGUGGCAUACGGACUUCAAUUGUAGUUCUGCCCCUGCUGCAGCGAAUUUUGUUGUUCGAUGAUGUUGUGAUAUUAUAUAAAUAUUUAUAAUUCCAAGU